AUGGGCUCGACCGCGCAGCCGCUCCGAAUAGCCAUUGUGGGCGGGGGCAUCGGCGGGCUCGCGCUGGCGGCGGGGCUGUGUAAGAAGCCUCACCUCGACGUGCACGUGUACGAGGGCGUGAGCGGGUACCGCGACGUCGGGGCCGGGCUGGCGCUGCACCUCAACGCCAUGAAGGCCAUGUCGCUGAUCGGGCCCGAGGUGCGGCAGGCCUACUUGGACAAGGCCACGGACAUGGCAGACGCCGCAGCAGACAGCGGCGAGGAGGAGAUGGCGACCGAGGUGAUCCUCGCGCACGGCCCGCACGCCGGCGAGCUGGUGGCCGAGCUGGGCCGCGCCAAGGGCCGCAAGAGCGUCAGCCGCGCGGACCUGCUGGCGGGGCUGCUGGCGCUGAUUCCGCCGGGGCACGUCUCGUUGGGCAAGAAGCUGGCGCGCAUCGUCGAGAGGCCAGCCGGCACCGCCGCAGAGCCGGACGAGGAGCCCGUCGUCCUCGAGUUCCACGACGGGUCGCAGGCGGCGGCCGACUGCGUGCUGGGCGCCGACGGCAUCCACAGCGUGGUGCGCAGCCACCUGCUCGGGGCCGGGCACGCGGCCACGGCGCCCAAGAACCACGACCGCUGGCAGGUGUACCGCACGCUGGUGACAACCGACGAGGCGCUGCGGCACAUCAACGAGAAGUGGACGCGGCGCGUGCCGAUCCUGCUCGGCCCGCGCGGCCACGUCAACUGCAUCCCCGUGAGCAAGGGCACGCGGGUCAGCGCGGGCGUGGCGGUGCGGGGCGGAGCCACACCGAAGACCUCGGCCGACGGGCCAGGAGGUGGCGCCGGCGGACAGAGCAACAACAAGACAGAGGCGCUCGACCCGGCGCUGUAUGCCGACUACAGCGCAGACGCGCAGCGCAUCGUGGGAAUGGUGGCGCGCAACACGAACGCGUCGUGGAGCGUCGGCGACCACGACCACGCGCCGCACUACUGGCGCGGCCGCGUGGCGAUGCUGGGCGACGCGGCGCACGCGGCGCUGCCGUUCGCGGGCAACGGCGCCGCGCAGGCGCUCGAGGACGCCGCGGUGCUGGACCAUCUGUUUGGGUCCGUGGGAGGCAGAACGCAGAUCGCGGCCGCGCUGGCCGCGUACGACGCCGUGCGCCGCCCGCGGUCCCAGCAGGUCGUCGACCUCGCGCGCCGCUUCGGCAGGGUGUACGCGUACGCCGACGACGAGAUCGGUGAUGAUCCUGCGCGCAUGCGCGCCUUCUUUGCCGAGGCGGCGGCUUUCACCAAUAAUGCUGAUCUCGAGCGGCAGAACCGCGAGGCCAUGGACUUGUAUGAGCAUGCCGUGGGCGAGGCGUCGCGGUCUGGGAAGGCAUGA